AAUGACGGGGAAGGACGGCUAACUCAACACAUAACUAAAAUAAGACACAGAGUGUUGGCAGCUCACACGGUGUCACGCGUUCAGAGGACAGCGAAGCAGGAGAAGACUUUAGCAUCUUCGUGGAAGCAUCCAUUUCACAUCAAUUGGUGGAGGCGGUGCGCAUUCUCUCCGUGAAGCGAACGUCGCCUCUUUUUUUUUUUUUUUUCUUUCCCUCCCUUCUCCUUCCGACCUCACAAGUCAGUUUCCUCGAGCGGUUGGCUCCUCUCUCCUUCCGCGGACACACAAGGUGUUUCAUAACCAGCAGCCUGUUUACUUGGCGACAUCGUCGAUAUUUCCCCCCACACGGAAUUUGGAGUGGACGCCAAAACAAAACAAACAACAAAAAAAGGAAUAAACGGGACGUUUCAAGUUUUCCUGGAAGUUGCGCCGUGACAGAAACCAAAAAAAAAAAAACAUGGGAAUUUGUGGCUAUUGGACUGUGUCGGGGAAAUGCCUGGUGGUCCUCGGACUGAAAUUAUUAUUCCUUGUACCCGCAGGAGUUCCGGCCAAAAGCGGGGAUUCGAUAUUAAAGGACAACAUCACGGUGAGACAAGGAGACAGCGCUGUCUUAAAAUGCAGUGUGGACAGUAAAGUGUCGAGAGUGGCAUGGCUCAAUCGCACCACCAUUCUCUUCACAGGAAAUGAAAAAUGGUCACCAGACCCUCGUGUAAUACUGAUGGAAAAUACCGCAGUUACAGAAUACAGCAUCGAGAUCCAGGAUGUUGAUGUGCACGAUGAGGGACCCUACGUUUGCGCUAUCAUCACAAAUAAGAAGCCAAAAUCCAUAAAAGUUCAUCUCGUCGUUCAAGUCCCUGCCAGGAUCACAAAUGUAUCCAAGGACAUCGCAGUAAAUGAGGGCAGCAAUGUCAAUCUCAUGUGCUUUGCGGUGGGUCGUCCAGAGCCGAACAUUAUGUGGCGGCAUCAUUCUCCAAGAGGCACGCAUAAAUUUGUAACAGAAGGAGAACACCUGGAGUUGACAGCCAUUACCAAAGAGCAGUCUGGAUCGUAUGAGUGCAUUGCCUCGAAUGACAUAUCAUCCCCUGACAUCAGGACAGUGCAGGUCACCGUCAACUAUCCUCCCCUAAUUUCUAAGGCAAGAGGUACGGGUACUGCAGUUGGACAAAAAGGAAUCCUUCAAUGUGAAGCCUCUGCUGUUCCACAUGCAAAUUUUGAAUGGUACAAAGAAGAUCGCAGGCUUUUUAAUGGAGUCAAUGGGAUUAAGAUAGAGAGUCAAGGCAAACAGUCAAUGCUCAUCUUCUUCAACGUUUCUGAAGAAGAUUAUGGGAACUACACGUGUGUUGCCAGGAACACCAUGGGAAUCACUAACGCCAGCAUAAUUCUUUAUGGUCCCGGUGCAAUGCACGAUGUCAACGGUGCAGCCGUUUUGCCUCAAUUCUGCUUUUGCCCCCCGCUGAUGGUGACCUUGCUCUACCUGCUCAAGUUCUGAUAUCGAAAUGUGAUGAACCUCCAAGCUUCUCUCCGCAUCAAAUAAGAACAGACUGUUUGCUCUGUAAAAAAAAAAGAAAAAAAAAGAUGAAUGAAAACUAGGAGUGGUUCACCUUUUUGUUUUGAGGUCUUUUUUUCAAUUUGUUCUUUUGUAUUGGAGUCUGCUCUCUCAAGAAUGUGAGGCAUCAAUCCAAUAAAGGGAAUCAUGAACUAAUUGUAUUGCUGAUAGAAGUACUGAGUAUGUGUCUCUCCCAAUUUUUUGUAAGUGAAAAGGAAAAAAAACAACCUGUUAAUAGUUGACUGUUUAUUGCCCAAUAUUGGAGUGCACAUUCUGAUUAUUAUUGUGUAAUGUCUAUGUGUACAAUGCAACUUAACUUUUUUUAAGUAAAUGAUAAAAGGGAAAUGUGAUUGUUGAAUUUGACUGUAUUUUUACAGUUGUAUGCAAAACAGAGUAAAACAUUCUUCAUGAUAAGCAGUUCUGAACAAUGAAUUCUCAGGCAAGUCCUACAACAUAAUGCAUUGAAAUUGUAGUUUACAUAAGAGCUUAGGAAAUGUACCAGUCCAUACAGAAAAAUAAACGUUUGAGUUAGAUGUUUUGUUCAUGAUGUAACCAUAAAGCGCCGUAAUUGUUUUCUCUCUGCAGGCGUGUGAAUUGAAGAUGUGUGUGCAUAUACACCACGUUUAUUUUUGGGGUUGUUGUUUUGCAACGUGUGUGAUAAGUAACUUGCAGUAUGCAAACCGAACGUGACAAAUGCAGAUUUUUUUAUUUUUUUCAUAUGGAAAAGAAGGGUAAUAAAAAGUAUGGAAUGUUGUGAAUCAUACACUUUAAAUGUUACAGACAUCAGAUUUAGAACACAAAUAAUCAGACUAAAAAGUCCUCAAUCUAUUGUAGGGGUACGAAAUCUAAAAAAAUAAAUAGUAGAGGUCGUAGUACAUAAAUAUGAAUGAGGGAUGUAACGAUAUAAAGACUUUGUAUCAGGGUUAAAAGAGAUGUGAAUCUUAAAACAACUCACGAUUCGAUUCCAAUUCUUGGGUGAGAAUAUUAUUCAGAAUACGAAUUUUUGCAAUAUACAUAAUUUGGUAUAAAAAAAAAUAAAAAAAAUUGUUACAAGUUUUAAAAAAAAUGUAUUCUUUAAAAUUGUUUUAUUUUGUUUUUUUUCAAAAUUAUGAAUAGAUUUAGAAAUGGGAUUCGGAUGGGAAUAAAAAAAAUGUCAGUACUCCAAAUGGUUAUUGUGACCAAAAUUAUUCACGUUACAAUAUUUAUCUCAAUAUUGUUGGAUGUGUUUAAAAAGUACUUAAUUAAAUAAAAAAAUAAAAAAUUCAAAUUAACAACAGACACAAUAUACGCUCCUUGACAUAUCUUAAGCGCCAUUUCAGUGCUUAAAUAUGUUUAUCUUCCGUUUUAAUUUUUAAAGGUUUUAGAGUGUUUCUUUGUGACAGGGAAAUACACGUUAGCAUUCAAUCAACCAUGGUUUUACAAGGAUUAAAAAUUGAAUAUUAAUGCUAAUUGUCCGAAAUUUUACCGCAGUUUAUCAUUAUUCUCUUUAUUUAUUUAUUUAUUCAUACAGCCCAAUUUUAAACAGCCACUACUGCCCCAAAGUGCUGUACGAAUUAAAAACAGAAAAGGUACAAAAAAAAUAAGAAAAAUCACAUUAAGUACAGAACAUGCUAUUUAUAAAAAUACAGUUAAAUGAACCAGACAAUAAAAUGGUAAAAAACAAAUAAGCAGUAGAACAGGGGUCGGGAACCUUUUUGGCUGAGAGCCAUGAAAGCCAAUUAUUUUAAAAUGUAUUUCCGUGAGAGCCAUAUAGUUUUUUUUUAACACUAAAUACAACUAAAUGUGUGCAUUUUUAAGUAAGACCAACAUUUUUAGAGUAUAAUAAGUCUCUUAUUCUUUUUAAUAACAUUGUUAUUCUGAAGUUAACCAAUAAUAAAUCAAAUACUUCUUACCAUUAAUGAACAAGUGCGGAAGAAAACGGAUUGAUGGAUUAAGAUGCAUGAGAAUGUUUUAUAUUCUGAAUGUUAUUUUUAACACUGUGAUUACCAGCGGAAUUAUUCAAUACUUAUCGUGUUAAGCAAUGUCAGCUUAGAUUUAUCUGAGAGCCAGAUGCAGUCAUCAAAAGAGCCACACUUGGCUCUAUAGCCAUAGGUUCCCUACCCCUGCAGUAGAAGAAACUAUAAAAAUAGUAAAAAGGGAUGAAUAAAAACUGAAAAAUGUCCAGCUCAUCGAGUGUUAAACGCCAGCGCUAAUAAGUGUUUAUUACUGGUAAUGGUUACGUCCCUAAUGUAAGUUUAUUAAACAUAAUUAACACAAAUGAGGAUUGAGUUAUACACAAAUACGCUCCUACAUAUUCUAAACAUAGUAAUCCAAUAAUCGUGAAUGAAUGUAGCGUCUAGUUAGUGCACAGGCUUUUCCGGUUUUAUGAAUGCACUUUAUGUUUACGUUCAACCCAAUCUGACCGUGAUAAAUGGACAUUUCGUUUUGUUUGAACACAUUUUAAUGCUGCAUUUUUAUGCAUCGAGACAAAAAAAUGGUUUUGCUGCACAAGUGAUUCAUAAUGUAGUGUUAUGAUAUUGCCCCGUCGGCCCCUGUGCUUAACUUCAAGUUAGCGUGUUAUGGUAAGAGUGCGACAUGGGAACGCUAUUCUUGUCAUUCUGUUUUAUGCACGUCGUGUUGGAGAUGUCAGCUGUAGACAACAAGACAUGGAGAACAGGAAAAGUAGAAAAAUAACAACGGUGAGAAAUGGAUGUGGCCCUUUUAUCGCAGAUUAUUUCAUGAAAUCAUUUGUUUAUUGUUCUUAUCAAAUGAGAACUGCUACUGGCAUUAACUUAAAGUGUUUUUUUUUAUACUUAAGGUAACAUUAAGAAUGAGCUAAUGUAUUUUAAUUUGUUUGCAGAAUUUAGGUUUACGUACUCAAACUAUACUGUAUUGUCAUUCUUAAUGCAUAACUGUUUUUAAAAAUGUACUUUAUUUUCAAGGAUGAGCACUUUUAUGGCUUGGUUGAUGAAAACCUGUAUGUUUAUUGGCAUUGCUGGAGAUUACAAUAAUCACUAUCGUGGUAUAUUGUCAUUGUAUUAUUUUAUUGAAAGUUGUCCAUAAACGUGUUACGUGUAAACUCAAGUCGCCUCCCAUUUGUUUUAACAACUGGCUUUCUGUUCUUGUCAGUAUGGGUGUUUUCAAAAAAAAAAACUGACGAAAUGAAAUUAAAUAAGUGCAAAUGAUGGAAACUUUGGAACAUAGGUCUUGACACAUGUACCCUGUUUUUUGGUCACAACAAGGAAAGUCAUUAAACAUUUUGAAGAAAUGUAUAUUUUGACAGACAACAUUUCAAGUAAAUAGCAUUUA